UUGCCAUUUCUAGUUCAAAAUCCCCAACCGGUAUUUGAGGGACAGAUCUGACGUCACACUGCCACUAUCACCACCGAACCGCUCACACCUCACCUCAACUACACCCAUAAGACCCCGAGUAAUUCAAGAUGGACGCCCGAUGCCAAUGCGGAGCCGUCUCCUUCAAGACACCGCUGCCGCAACCUCUCCGCCUGUACAUUUGUCACUGUGAAGAAUGUAAAAGGCAAACGGGUUCCGCGUUCGGAACGUCUGCAAUCUUUCCCAAGUUUAAGCUACCCAAGGCUGAUUUGAUGGGUGUCUACGCGAGGCCGACUGCUUCUGGCGCCACGCUGUACUGCUACUUUUGCCGAAACUGCGGAACCAGACUCAUCCACGCGACACCGGAUAAGAACGUCGUCUCCGUAAAGGGUGGCUGCAUCGACGGCCUCGACUGGAAGACGGCCGUCCAUAUCUGGACCAAGAACGCCAUGGUGCCCAUCCCCGAGGGCGCGGAGAACCACCGCGAGGAGGCGGAGUACACCGACUACGGCGACCAGCAAGAGGCGCUCGAUCAGCCGACGGACUUGCGCGGGAGCGGGGGCACGCCGGUGGGAGCAUCGCCGUCGUUUGAUGGGCGGUGCGAGCUGAGCGGGUCGUUGAAUGCCAUUGUUCACUAACUUCAGUGGGCAGCGGCGCCUAUGCCCUAUCGUAGAAGUGCUGUGAUUGAGGUUUGUUUUGUUUGAUCAUUAGAGGUACUUUGGUUGGGACAAUUAGUAAAAUUGGCCGUGAUGGAGGUAGUAUUAGUCGG